AUGAAUACCGAUGGAAAAAUUAUCGAUGAACAAUAAGAAUAGAUUCAAGCAAAAAUUUCAAGAGAUCAUUUGAUUAGCAAAGAGAACCCAUUUGCAAAACUCUAAGCAGACAAUUAGUAUUAUUUUUCGGAAAAGACUGGCUUCAAUCCAGAUGAUUAAAGCGGUACCUCUAAAUCAAAUAUGAGUGGAUCACACAUUUCAGAUUUUUAUUCCAUUCCAAAGUUAUCCAAGGUUGAAGCUGAUGCAAUUAUGCGAGAAAUUUCUUAAGACUUGGAUUAGAUUUAAACACCCUCUAAACUUGUUGAAUCACUUGAUAAAUAUAUUGUUUCACAAGCUAAACCAAAGAAAAUUAUAGCAUAAGCAAUUAGAAACAAAUACAGAAUGAGAAUGAUAAGUGGAGAAUUAAGAGAGUCUAUGAGACCAAGCAAUAUUUUAGUUCAUGGUAGAUCGGGGUCUGGAAAGACAGAAAUUUUUAGAAAAAUAGCAAAACUAUAUAAUGCUCCAUUUAUUAGUGUUGAAGCUACUAGAUACACUGAAGUGGGAUAUCACGGCGAGGAUAUUACAAAUAUUAUAGUUGAUCUGUAUAAAAAGAUAGAGUACCAUAUCUUAAAACUUAUUUUGGGAUAUAAUACUAAGGACAAGGAUAGAUUCCUUUAGAAAUAAAUGUAGUACAGAAAUGGGGAGUUAGAUAACUAUUAGUGUUUUAUCUUAGUCCCUGGCGAUAAAAACAACAUUUAACAGUUCACUUUCAUAAAAGUUUAGGAUAUUAGAAAAUACAUGUAUGAGGUUUAUACAGAUGAGCUCUUCCAAUUAAUUGAUUUGGAUUAGUAUAUAAGAACUGAGAUUGAACAGAAAGGUAUCGUAUUUAUUGAUGAACUUGACAAACUUGUGAAAUCUGUAAGUUUAAAUUUAGCUGGUUAAUUUAAAAUUUAGCCAGAGAGUAGUGCAACAACUAAGGCAAGUGAUGAAGGAGUUCAAUAUGAUUUAUUACCAAUCCUUGACGGAACAACUGUUCAAGUGAAUCCCAGAGCAGGGGCCUUUGAAAAAGUAAAGCCUACAGAUUUAGCCAUCGAACUACAAGGAAGAAUGCCCAUAAAAGCAAAGAUGGAGACUUUAACAAAAGAUGAUUUUGUUAAGAUUUUAAAAGAAACUGAGCAUAAUUUGCUAAUAUAGGCUAUAGAGCUUUUAAAAAUUGAGAGGGUAAACUUGGUUUUCUCAGAUGAUGCAAUUGAAUAAAUGGCCUAGUUAUCGGUAGAGCUUAAUCAAGAGGAUGACAUUGGUGCAAGAAGACUGAGAACUGUCGUAGAUGCAGUACUUGAAGAUAUAAACUUUGAAGCACCAGAUUUUGAACAGAAAGACGCUUUCAUAUUGAUAACAAAGGAUUAUGUAGAAGAAAAAGUAAAGACACAAUUUUAGAACAGAGAUUUCAGAAAUUACACUAUGUGA